AGCUUGAGGGGGAGCUCUGAGCUGGAGGUCCAUGAGCAGCCUCCCAGCAGGGAGAAGCCCUUCAGGUGUUUGGAAUGUGGGAAGAGCUUCAGUCAGAGCUCCACCCUGCUCCGACACCAGCAGAUCCACACUGGGGAACGGCCCUACACGUGUAGGGAAUGUGGGAAGAGCUUCAGGAACAGCUCUGACGUGAUCCGACACCAGCUCAUCCACACUGGGGCACAGCCCUACCCCUGUGGGGAAUGUGGGAAGAGCUUCAGCCAGAGCUCCACCCUCCGCACCCACCAGCUCAUCCACAGUGGGGAACGGCCCCACACGUGUGAGGAGUGUGGGAAGAGCUUCAGUGCCAGAUCCAACCUCCACACCCACCGGCUCAUCCACAGUGGGGCACGGCCCUACACGUGUGAGGAAUGUGGGAAGAGCUUCAGGGACAGCUCCCACCUCCGCAACCACCAGCGCAUCCACACUGGGGAACAGCCCUACACGUGUCAGGAAUGUGGGAAGAACUUCAAUGACAGCUCCAACCUCCACACCCACCAGCGCAUCCACACCAGGGAACAGCCCUACACGUGUGGGGAAUGUGGGAAGAGCUUCAGCCAGAGCUCCACCCUCCACACCCACCAGCGCAUCCAUACUGGGGAACGGCCCUACGAGUGUGAGGAGUGUGGGAAGAGCUUCAAUAACAGAUCCAACCUCCACACCCACCGUCACAUCCACACCGGGGAGAGGCCCUACAAGUGUAGGGAAUGUGGGAAGAGCUUCACCCAGAGC